AUGCCCGCCAUCUCCAAGGCGUUGACGACCAAACAAGCGAAAGCAGCCUACAAAGCCCGCGGCCGGCCCUCACUCUCGGAGAAGGAGCAGCGCCAACUCGAACGCGCAUUGGAACUCGAGAGACGCGCCGAAGCUGCGAAAGAGGCCGAGAAGAGACGGGCAGAAGCAGCGAAAAAGCGGGCCGAGAAAGAGAAGCUGGAAGGGAGGGGUGGGAACCGGAAUCGGCUUGGGACACAGAGGAGGACGGAUCGCUUUGGGUUCAAGGCGAGUCAGUUCCAUCUUGGAGCGUUCUUUGGGAAGCAGAAUGGAGGUCAGAAGGCACAAGAGGCGAUAGUCGAGACAAGUGAGGAGGCGGAUGAAGACUCUUUUGGGGAUGAAGAUUUGGAUGACGAGGUGCUGCUGAGUGCACUGGACCAGACUCCGCAGAAGGCUACACCACAGCAGCUGCAGCAUUCUAUGUCUGAUUGUGCGCUGAUGUCUCCUCCGUCUGCGUCUCACUCAGGAAGUACGCUGCAGCAAGCCAAUACCGAGCCAGCACCUGUGCAUGGAGAGGAUCUAGACAGCUUCUGGGACGACCUCGAGAGUAGUACUCAAAUCGCCCGGGAGUUGGACACAGACUCGGCUUCUACGUCGCGACCGCAACAGGAGAAGAAGAGCGUAUCGUUCAGUUCUGAUGACUUUGACUUGACCGCUGAAGAUCUGGACGAGCUGGAUCCUCCGAAGCCUCGGUCGCGCGCAGCUGCACCAAUCGCCCCGAAGUCAAUGGCCCCUCCACCUCUUCCCAUGAAAGCAGGUCCUCGAAAUGCCACGUCCAACAUGGCGUCAUCCCAUGCGAAGCCAGUGUAUGUUGUGGCGAAAGUACCACACGCCUCUGUCAGCUCCUGCCCGGUACACCCUCCACUGCCUGCCCCGAAAAAGAGCACCACAAAGCCGCUCUCGCCGAGUCUCGCUCGACCCUCUCGGAAUGCAGCGAAGCUACAGAAAGCGAUUAGAGGUCCAUUUCUGUCUGCUUCCUCGUUGUACUGCUCGCCUGAUCUUGGGUUUACUUUGUCUCAGCUGGAAAGCUUUGUGGACGACGAUAUUCAGCUCACACAAGCCGUGCCCGGAUGA